AUUUGUUGUCACUGGAGACAAGACUAUUAUGGAGUAGAUGGCAACAUUUUACUUCCAAUUUUAUCUGCUUAAAAAUCUAAAUGAAAGCUAACAAGGUAAAUAGCAUUAUAUUUUUUAGUAUAUGGUAGUAUACUGAGCAGUUAAGCCCUUGUUGGCAUGGAGAGGUAUGAAAACCUCGGACUUGUGGGAGAGGGAAGCUAUGGCAUGGUAAUAAAAUGCCGACAUAAAGAAACAGGUCAGAUGGUUGCCAUCAAGAAAUUUCUUGAAUCUGAAGAUGACAAAGUUGUCCAAAAAAUUGCAAUGAGAGAGGUUAAAAUGUUAAAGUCACUUCAUCAUGACAAUCUUGUCAAUUUAAUAGAAACAUUUAGAAGAAGAAAGCGUCUUUAUUUGGUAUUUGAAUUUGUUGAUCAUACUAUACUAGAUGAAUUAGAAAAAUGUCCCAAUGGCCUUGAUGAAAACACUUGCAGAAAAAUUUUGUGGCAAGUUCUGAAGGGGACAGAGUUUUGUCACACACAUAAUAUAAUCCACAGAGAUAUUAAACCUGAAAAUAUUUUGGUCAGUAAAAAUGGCAUUGUUAAAAUUUGUGAUUUUGGUUUUGCUCGGACACUAGCACAACCUGGUGAAACCUAUACAGACUAUGUGGCUACUCGAUGGUAUCGUUCACCUGAACUUCUUGUUGGAGAUACAAAGUAUGGAAGAGCUGUUGAUAUAUGGGCAAUAGGAUGUCUGUUGUCUGAAAUGUUGACAGGAGAGCCCUUGUUUCCAGGGGACUCAGAUAUUGAUCAACUGUAUCAUAUCAUUAGGUGUUUUGGAAAUCUACCUACAAGGCAUAAAGAAGUUUUUCACAGAAAUCCACUUUUUUUGGGCAUGAGACUACCUGAAGUGCGAGAUGUUAUACCUAUAGAGAAAAAGUUUACACACAUUUCAGAUGACGCUCUGAAUUUCAUUAAGCAAUGUUUACAGUUGGACCCUGACAAGCGACCAACUUGCACAGAGUUGUUGAAACAUAACCUUUUUGCAAAAGAUGGAUUUGGAACUCGAUUUCUUGUUGAGCUGAAACAAAAACUAUUUCAGGAAAAUACUUCUAAUCCAUCUCUAAGAUCAUUAGCAAACAAAAGAAGUGAAGAAAAGAGCCCAGUUAAGGAUACUAAUGAGAAUCAAAAAAGCAGAACAGACAAAGCUAAUAAGAAAAAGAAAAAAGAAAGGGAGGAGGUAACAGCAGUAGAAGAAAAACCUAAAAAGAAAAGCACAGAGGGAGAGAACAAACCAUCAAACAAACCAGCUCCCCCUAAAGUGUCGUCUGUGCCGCCUGCUGCUGCACAUCCCAACGAGCAUCCAGUGAUCCUACCUCCAGCCACGGCCAGCAACAAUAUUUCCCACAACAACUCCAGUGAAGGGGACAUCCAGGCUGAGAGGGAAAACCCAGACAAGGAGAAAAAAAUAGCUGACCACUUACACCCUCCGCAGACCCAAACAGCAAGCUCCAUUCCACCCAUUAAUGUCACCUCCCAGCCACGAUCGACAACUAUAGUUUCAUCCAAAUUCCCAAGUAUUUAUAAAAAUCCUGCAAUAGUCAAAAUGAAAAAUGAUGAGAAAGUAUCUCCACGUAACCCUCUGUUUCAUGGAAAUCGAACAUCUUCAUUUAGUAAUGAAAAAUUAGUCAAGAAAGUGUCCCCCUUUGCAAAGAAAUCAAAUCCUGUCCCUGGCUUUAGGAACUCCCCUCAGCCAAUAGUUCUAGAGAAAAGUUGCCUGCAUGACAAAUCAUUGGAAAAGUCUCGAUACAAAAAUUCAUCUUUUAAUGAAAAGCAUUUGGAAGAUCGCCAGAGUGUUGAAAAGCAACAUGAUGAUAGGCUCGGCGUUUGUUUACCAGAAGUUAAAGGUGCUGAUGUUACAAACAAAGCUAAAGAGAAACAACAGCAAAGCCCCUACAAAAAGUCCAGUAUAUCCAGCAUUCCUCAAAUAUCAAACCUAGAGCCAUUUAUAACAAUCUCCCCACAGCUUGACUCAAAUGUGGCAGCAGAGAGAGAUGGUGCCCUUCCAACAGUCUGAUUUAUUUUGUUGAGACAUAGAUGUGUCUAUAUUGAAUCCAGAAAAAUUAUCGAAAACUUUUUGUAAAAAUAAAACUUUUAAAGAUGGUAUUUAUUUCUUAUAAACCUGUGAGAAUUUAGAAAUUUUCUAAACCAAAAUAUUUAGAUUUUAUAAAAUUAGGUGUUUAUUUUAUUAUUAUUGAAUAGUAGUAUUUUUACAAUUUAAAGUAUUAAAUGCUUUUAUCUUAACCAGGAUUACAGUUUUUUUAAAAAUCUGGCAUGUUUGUUCAUGUGAGUUACCAGCUCCUAGUCUGAGGUAGCCUUAUAAUAUAACAAUUUUUAAAUUAUGAUUUAUAAAACUUUUUCCCCCGUUCAAUUCAACUUUAAAUUAUAUUGGGUAUAUGAGCUAAAUUCUGACUUGUAAAACUUUUAUACUAAUUUACCUUUUGCUAUACAACCUUGAUUUUGGCUUAAGAUUACAUUUUUAAAACAUCACAGAUCGGAAUUUGUAAAAAAAAAACAUUUUUUUUAAACUCUCACCUUUCAGCCUUUAUGAUUAUUAAAUUGUAUGACAAUGUGUUCAUUAUUUCCUUAUCAUUUUGCCAAUAGUGGAUUUUUUAAACAAACUAGCUUAGUACAAAUUAAAUAAAUUUUAAAUAUUGAACUGGGUUAAAAGAACUGAACAAAUUUCCUGCAUGAGUCUCUAUAGUUAGUGGUUGUGGAAUUUUUAAACAGAUCCUACUGCAAGUUUAAAUCAAUAUGGGAAUUUUAAAAAUGCUCAUGGUACUAGUUUAUUUAAUUUUAGCAUGAAUAGGUCAAACAAUCUUUAUAUAUUAUUUAAUUUUGAAAAAUAUAGUGUUAACUGUAAGUAAGUUAAUAGUUAAAGUUAAAAAGAUCUAGAUUCUAUAAAUUAAAUUGUGAUAUAUUUUUUUUAAAUAAUUUUUUUUUUGCUUUACUAUUUAAAUAGAUACAUUGUGAUUUUUUAAAUUACUUUAUCUUAAAAUUAAAGCUUGCUUGAUAAUUUUCUGUUAAAUAUUGACUUGGCAUAUUUCACAAGAGUUCCUGAUUUUGUUGAAUCCUUAACUAGUGGCUUGAUGUGGUUAGUGGUGUUUACACACCACUUGCUCAUUUAUGAUUAUUAUAGUCAUCAUAUAAGAAUAAUGUAUAAUCCAGUUCGUGGGUGCAAUAAAUUAUGCUAUUUAAGUAAAAAACAUUUUCAUUGUUAAAUGGCGGGUAUGUAAAUAUAUUAAGAAUGUACAUUACUAUCACAAUUUUCCUUAUCAUAUAUGUGUGUUGCUUGCAGUGAAUCAUUGUGUGUUACACCUAGCAGUAUUACAAUUCACAAGCUCCAGUAUUAACAAGUCCAUUCACUUUCACAUUUUUAUUCACUUUUUUUUUAAAUUCAACUUUUAAAAUUUUUAUUGCAUUUGAAUCCAAAUAUUCUGGAGUUAAAUAAAGAAUUUACAAAACAAUAAUAGCAUUGUCACAUAGCAUUCUGUGUCUCUAUUACAUUGAAAAACUAGUUUGUUUCUUGGCAGAAAUUAAUCAUUAGCUUACCCUGUAGUGAAACCCUAGUCCUAGGUACAAUGUGGUCAUCCAUAAACAAGAUUACAUA